AUGGAAAUUCCAUUUAUUAUUUAUGCAGACAUUGAAUCAUUACUAAUGUCAGAACAAAAUGACUAUGAUACUGAUAAACAAAAGAAUCCUAAAGGAACGAAAAAUAUUCAUAUACCAAACAGCAUUGGUUACUAUUUUCAUUCAAGAAUGUUUCCAAAUUUAUCACAUUAUGACAGUUUCACAGGACCUGACUGUAUUACAAACUUUAUUGAUCGUCUAAGAGAUUUGGUGGUGAAUGUAAUUUGGGAUAAACUUGAAAUAAACGAACCAAUGUCUUUAAGUGUGGAUGAAGAAAACGAAUUUCAAAGUGCAACAAUUUGUCAUAUUUGUAAUAAAAAUCUUAAUGAAGAUAAAGUGCGUGAUCAUUGUCAUCUAAGUGGAAAAUUUCGUGGAGCUUCACAUUCAAAAUGCAACUUGAAAUACCAAAUAUCAAAAUCAAUACCGAUUGUUUUCCAUAAUUUAGAUUAUGACUCACAUUUUUUGAUUGAAAAGUUGGCUAGUUCAUUCAAAGGUCAUAUAUCCAUUAUUCCCAAAACUAGUGAGAAUUAUAUUUCAUUCACUAAACAUAUUAAAAGAUCUGACUUUGUUGAUAAAAAUAAGAUAAGAAAGAGUUCUAAGGUUAAGUUGCGGUUAACAUUUAUUGAUUCAUUUAGAUUUUUACAAUGUGGAUUAGCAAAAUUGGCUGAAAAUUUGCCACCUGAUCAAUUGAAAAUUACUCGAAAACAGUGGGAAAAUUUAAAUGAAGAACAAUUUAAUUUACUAACACAAAAAGGUGUUUACCCCUAUGAAUAUAUGGAUUCGUGGAAUAAAUUGAACGAUACACAAUUACCGCCACAAGAAAAUUUUUAUUCUGAUCUCACCAAUUGCAGUAUUUCUGAUGAACAAUAUGCAUUUGCUCAAACGGUAUGGGACACAUUUAACAUUCAGACAAUGCGUGAAUACACUGACAUUUACUUGAAAACUGAUGUACUACUGUUGGCUGAUAUAUUCGAGAAGUUUCGAGAUAGUUGUAUAAAAUUAUACGAACUUGAUCCUGCGCAUUACUAUACAUUGCCAGGCUACUCUUGGGAUUGUAUGUUAAGGUACACUGGUGUAGAAAUUGAAUUGUUGAAUGAUAUAGAUAAGAUAAUGUUUAUUGAGCGUAGUCUAAGAGGUGGUAUCAGCCAAUGUUCAAACCGACAUUGUGAAGCUAACAAUAAAUACAUGGGAGAUGAUUUUAAUCCAUCCAUACCGUCAAACUAUCUGAUUUAUUUCGAUGUCAACAAUUUAUAUGGAUGGACAAUGACUCAAUCACUUCCAAUAUCGGAUUAUAAAUGGUAUAAUGAAUAUACAUACACAAAGAAUAAAAACGAUACAGAAAUAUUCGAUGUUGCUACAAUUCAAAGUCAAAUGUUAAACACACCUGACGACGCACCAUAUGGCUAUAUGCUUGAAGUGGACCUGGAUUAUCCAGAAAAGUUACAUGAUUUACAUAAUGACUAUCCUUUUUGUGCUGAGCAUGCAAGUGUCGUUACCAAUACAAAAAAGGUUUUGGAUCCAUUUGAUGAUAAAAGAUUUAUUAUCCCUAAUUCAACAAAAACUCUGGCUUGGGGUCACUAUAAAAUUAACUCAUAUAAAUAG